AUGGCAGCUGUUGGCAUGGAGCUCUGCCCGACCCAUGGGUCUAACAAAAUCCCCAGACGUGCAGUGUGGUGGUUUCAACAGGACGUGCUGGAGAAACGUAUAUUUGAUCUCAGCAUGGAAUACCUCUGCAUGGCUGUCCGGGGCUUGUCUGUUUCGACCAGGCAGGGGAUUCAGAAUGCAUUUGGAUCAGCCUGGCAAAAGCAGGGCUCAUACACAGUCUGGCAAGAAGUCUGGGAUUGGGUUCCUCCAGCUUGGCGACCACAACUCAUUGAGGACACUUUCCGAGUUAACUCAGAGUUUGCACGCAGUGUGCUUGCUGGGGCCUAUGCGUCCACUCUGGCUGUGGUGCGGGAUUUGGAACAGAUGGAUUGA